AUGUCCUCAAGAACAUUUCAGGGUCAGUGGGUUGGCGGGAUGCGACAUGGCUACGGAGUUCGUCAGAGUGUCCCAUAUGGCAUGGCGGCCGUCAUCCGCUCCCCUCUGCGAACCUCUAUAAACUCUCUCCGCUCCGGUUCGGAACACAGCAACGGUACGGCUCUGCUGGACCGGACCGGGGCGGUGGUUCCUGGGCCUCCUCCCGUCCCCGGCACUCUGACCACCAGCGUCUCCAUGUGCAGCACGGGCAGCAGCGGCAGCAGCCCCGCGGUGUCCCGUGGAGGUUUUGUGUUGAUGGCGCACAGCGAGGCUGAGCUGCUGAAGGGGAAGAGGAAAGGCGGGCUCUUCAGGAGGUCCAUCCUGUCCGGCCUCAAGCUGAGGAAGUCAGAGUCCAGGAGCUCUCUGGCCUCACAGAGGUCGAAACAGAGCUCGUUCAGGAGCGAGGCUGGGAUGAGCACCGUGUCCUCUGCUGCAUCCGACAUCAACUCAACCAUCAGUCUCGGAGAUGCAGAUGCAGAACUGGCUGUCGCUGACGAUGAUGUGGAUGCAACAGCGACAGAGACCUACAGCGGAGAGUGGAAGAAUGACAAGCGGACAGGGUUCGGAGUGAGCCGGCGCUCCGACGGGCUGCAGUACGAGGGGGAGUGGCUCAGCAACAAGCGCCACGGCUACGGCUGCACCACGUUUCCCGAUGGGACGAAAGAGGAAGGGAAGUACAAGCAGAACAUCCUGGUCAGCGGGAAGAGGAAGAACCUGAUCCCCCUGCGGGCCAGCAAGAUCAGAGAGAAGGUGGACCGGGCCGUGGAGGGAGCGCAGAAGGCCUCCGACAUCUCCCGGCAGAAGUCUGAAAUCGCUCUGUCAAGGACGGCCCACGCACAGGGUAAAGCUGAGGCAGCGGUGGGAGCGGCUCAGAAAGCCCAGGACGAGAGUCGCAUGGCCAGGGUCACCGCCAAGCAGUUCUCCCCUUCCUUCCAGCACCCAGGAAACGGUAUGGAGGUGCAGCGUCCCAAACGUCAAGUGUCCAGUGAAGUGGAGGGUGAGGGGUUGUCGAGUAGCGCUGGCACAGCCGACAGCCCAGAUCUUUACGUGAAGAGUGCAGCCUCUGACGACCCCUCCAAUGACGCUGCCACCCCUGACCUCAGUCCCCCUUCCUCCUCACCUCCUCACACUCCACCUCCCCCUGCUCGGCCGACCCAGCGCAGCAAGAGUGCACGCUUCCACCGGCAGAGCGCUGUGGACCAUGGAGACAAGGCGAAGGAGGGAGCAGAGAGGAGUGAGAAGGGUGGAGGAAAGACAGAGAUCCAGGUGUUGAUGGAGGGAGGUAACGCAGGAGGUGAAGGCAGUGGAGGAGGAGGAGGAGGAGGGAAGGGGGAGUACACGCGGGCCAACAGCUGGAGUGAGGACAAGAGGAGAGGGAUGCUGUCAAAAGAAAGAGGUGGGGUCAGCGGACGUGGAGCCAGUCGGACCAACGGACACAAACACAGCUCCUCCAAUCACAAGUCACGGGAGCACGGCUCGUCCAAUCACAGACAGGCCAGAGGUGACCGGUGGACAGAGUCGUCCUCGUCUGCCUCCUGGACGUCAGGGCACAGGGGCGUGCACAGCAGGGGGGGCCGGCUGCUGGAGCAGGACGAGGAGAAAAUUAGUAACUACGAGAUGGAGAUGAAGCCUUUACAGCCAAGGGACUCCGCUACCCACAAGCCCCAUGGGCACGGGGAGGAGAGGCAUGGGCACAGUCACGCUCACGGAGACGGGCGCUCACACACUGUGCAGCGACAGAGACACAAGAACCGUGACGGGAGGGAGGGGAGGGAAGGACGAGAGGCGAAGGAGGGCGGGAAAGACUCAGCGCACAAACUGGACAGACCGGGGGAGAAGAUGGAUUCACGGCCUCUGCGCCGGGACCUCACCCUCUCCCCCCCUCUGAAGUCCUCACCCAUCUCACCGGAGCAGCAGGACCAAAGCCUCACCCAGGGCAAAGGCAACUCG